ACAUGAUUCCGAACCUGUGAAGUGAAAGAGAAUUCGUUCAAAAUUCAGAAAUUGCGAAUCGACGGAGACUAUGGAGGAGUGGAAUUUCAAGCGCCGGAGAAGAUUAAUAGACCGCCGCGUGAUAUAAUAACGUAUUGCCGGUUUAUCUGCCAAUUCGUUUGCACCGACGUGGCUUGAGAAUGACAAUAGUACCCUCAGCUUUUAAAUAAAAUAACGAAACUACCUCCUCUUCUCUAUUGGAACUAUUCCGAUUCCAGUAAAACGGCACACAACUGCAAAACCCUAAUCUCAAGUUUUCUGUCGAUUUUGAUCUUUUGGUUGUAAUUUUGUUUGUGAAAGUUUCGGACUUUUGGAAUUUGAGGUAGAAGAGAUGAACAGAGGAAGAAGGAAUCUGAAACAAGCGGCGUCGGACCAGGAUUUCACGCUUGAGGAAUGUCAGAGCAUUGCCCAAGUCGUCUCUCUCAGAGGUUCCAAUCAAAUUGAGAUAAUGGAUGCAAAAGGAGAGAACUCAUUAGCUUUGUUUCCAGCCAAGUUUCGUGAGAGCAUGUGGAUCAGACGAGGAAGCUUUGUAGUGAUUGACCAUACAGGAAAGGAAAAGGCUCAAGAGUCUGGUAGCAAAGUUACAUCUAUUGUAUGUAAAGUUCUAUUCUUUGAGCAAGUCCGUCUUCUUCAAAAGUCUCCGGAAUGGCCAGAAAUCUUCAAAGAUACUAGACCGAUUCCAGCUGAGAAAAGCUCACCCAUUGAACAGCAUGAAGAUGACGGUGAAGUUGAUUCGAGUGAUGAUGAUGAUGGUAUGCCUCCAUUGCAAGCAAACACAAACAGAUUGAGACCGUUUGGGGUGAAGUGUGAUGCAGAAACUGAUUCAGGGUCAGAUUCCGAUUCAUAGAAACAUCCGGUACAUUUCUUUUCGCAGCCUCAACUUAAUUUCUCAAUAUAGGGGAUUUAUAGUUGCAAGCUGUAUUUUAUAAACAGUAUGUAACCAACACAGAUCUGCUGAUAAAGCAGAGUUUUGCUUUGCACUAAAUCGAUAAUUGAUUUAUAUAACAUGCUUCUCAUUCUCUUCUUGCAAUUCUUGAUAAGUC